CUCUCUGGGUCUCGAUGUUUGUUUACAAAAUUUUUAGGUUACAAAUAGUGGUUAACCGUGUAAAGUAUAUUUGCAAUAAAUAAACACAGAUCAUUCAAUUAAAAAUGGAAAAUGAAGACGAAAAUAACUUUAAACUGAGACCCAUGAAAUGUGAACUUAAUUAUCUCAGUAAAUCAGACGGAUCAGCUAUCUUAGCACAGGGCGAAACAGUCGUUUUAGUAAGUGUAAAUGGUCCUCUAGAUAUCAAGUCGACCAGUCAAAGCAUAGAAAAAGCUACACUUGAAGUGUUGUUCUGUACUAAAGGCGGGAAGCCCUCGGUAGCUGACAGAUUUAAAGAAAACAUCAUAAGACAGACCUGUGAAACAGCCAUAUUGGGAUGCCUGUAUCCUCGCACUGGGAUAUCUCUUACAAUACAAGAACUUGAAGAUUUCGGAGGAGUAAGUAAACUGCUCACAUGCACAAUAAAUUGUGCGUGCCUGGCUUUGCUCAACUCUGGUAUCGCUAUGCGGCACAUGGUGGCGGCUGUGUGCUGCGCCGUCAGCGAGGAAGGGAAUUUAGUGCUGGAGCCCAGUUACACACAAGUGCAGAGUGCGACAGCGCUGUUGUACUUCGUGUUCGAUAGCCGAGAGAGAAAUCUCGUUACCGGUUUCACGGAGGGUAGUUUCAGCGAGAAUACGUACGAGGAAGCGCUCGCUAGAUGUCGCCUCGCGAGCGAUGUCGUUUUCGACUUCUACAGAGACAUCGUUAAACAAUAUUCGGAUGUUAUUUGACAGACAAUUUUUGACAAGUCACGUGAAUGGACACGGAUGAACUAAAAGCGUGCGUUCAAUAGAAUAUAAUGUUCAGUGUCAAUAUUUUUAAAUAUGUAAAUCCUCUUGGUACAUAGACAUUUCUAAUGACAAUUUAUUCGGUUGUCGGCGGCAAGUCGCUGAGCUAGCUUAUGACAGAUAUAUUAUCUGUUAUAACUUUAUUGUAUAAAUUCCAAACUUACAUUUUUUUAAAAUAUUUUUACAUAAAAUUAAAAUGAAAAAUUAUUGUAAGUUAAAUAAAGAAAAUUAAAGUGUUGGUAUGUAAAUAGUUAAUGAAAAGUUUAAGAAACAGGUUGCACUGUUGUGUUCCGCAUUGUAAUAAUUAUAAUA